AUGUUGUCGAGCAUUCAGACAAAAAUUGUCGAGCCGUUUCUGGUGCUGCGCCAGAGUGUUGCGCCUCUGAAACUGUCCCGAUGGCAGUUUACAAAGCUCAUGGUCAGAAGUGCGCUUGACGGGUUGCCAGACGGAAGCGUAUUUCUCCUACUUUACCUCUUCGCAGCACUGCUGAUAAUCAUUGCCGUGCGCCUUCGAAACAGCAACAAGGGUGUGCACGCGCCUCCUGGGCUUGCCGUCGUGAGGAGGAACCAUGCGCAUUACCUUGAUAUUAUCAAGGAGGGACGGGAGCUGUACCCAGGUCAACCCUUCCUCGCUGUCAACAACCGGCACAGUUUUGUCAUAUUCCCUCCCCAAUGCUUCGACGAGAUCAAGCGUCUUCCGGAGCACACCGCGUCCGCCAAGGGUUUUUUUCACGCUACAAACUAUGGCCACUGGAGUCACAUUGGUACAGAGACACCGCAACUCAUCAAAUCCGUCAUUGCCGAUCUGACUCGUUCGCUUCCUGCCCGAGUCCUCACGCGCCAACAAGACUGCCAGAUGGCCUUUGACGACGUAAUCGGGCGCUCACGCCAGUGGAAAGAAUUCCCUCUGAUGAUGACUACAUUCGAAAUUGUCACCCGGAUAAAUGCGUGUUCCUUCGUUGGAAGAGAAUUGGGCACGAACCGAAGCUGGGUGCGGGCCGUCAUGAUGUCGCCCAUCUUCAUUCACGUUGCUGUCACGCUCCUCAACGCCUGCCCCCUUAUUCUGCGGCCGCUCAUGGCGCCGAUUUGCUUCUUCCCUACCAUCAAGAACAGGUGGGAUAUGGCGCGCCUUCUGACCCCAGUUCUAAAGACAGACAUGAAGGAUUACUACGAAGCCAAGGACAAAAAGGAGAUCCUGCGGCCCCGGGCCGAAGGAAAGAUACCCUUCACCGGAUUCCUCCUCUCACGCUACCAGGCUGCUGAAGCAACCAUUAAACAGCUGGUGGCUGACUACAUCAUCAUCAGCUUCGACUCAACCCCGUCCACUGCAUCGGCGCUGUUCCACGUUCUCUGUGAGUUGGCAUUGCACCCCGAAGCUGCCGACAUCCUGCGCCAGGAACUAGAUGAGGUUCUUGUCGACGGAAACCUCCCCGGGACCCAUCUCCAGGAGCUGAGGAAAAUGGACAGUUUCCUCCGUGAGUCCUUCCGACUACAUCCAAUUGUCAUGUUCACCCUCCAACGCCACCUUGAAAAGCCAGUGAAACUCUCUAUUGGGCCAACGCUUCCCGCUGGCUUGAUCGUUGCUGUUGACGGACAAGCUAUCAACCGCAACCCGGAUUUGUGGCCAAACCCAGAUAGUUUCGACAUGGAUAGAUUUUAUAAGCUUCGGCAGAAGCCAGGGAAGAAAAACCGCUUCCAUUUUCUGACUACCGGCUCCGACUCGCCGGGAUGGGGUGACGGGACACAGGCUUGCCCGGGACGGUUUUUUGCGACGAAUACACUCAAGAUUGCGCUGGCGCAUUUUCUUCAGAACUAUGACAUUGAGAUUAAGCCAGAAUGUUUGCCACUCAAGCAUACACCCCUUUCGAAUGGAUCUUGGAAACCUGAUGAUGCGGCCAUCGCACGCAUUAGGUCCAGAUCUUAG